AUGCCCCUGAGCAGUAAACUACGCGUACGAGGUAGGAUUAAGAUAUUCGUUUUAUUAAUUUAUCUCUUCUUUCUUUCUUUGCACCCUUUUUCCAUUUUCUUUCUUUUACGUUUUUUUUUUCUUGGAACGCUGGAAUUUCUUUCUUCCUUCCUUUUUUUUUUUUGUUACUUUUUCACACUUUUAUUUGCUUUUUUUAUUUUCUUUCUUUCUAUUAUCAUUUCUGUUUCUUUCUUUCUUUUUGUAUCGUUUUCAUUCUUUCUUUCUUUCUGUAUCGCUUUCAUUCUUUCUUUCUUUCUGUAUCGCUUUCAUUCUUUCUUUCUUUUCUUUCUUUCUUUCUUUCUGUAUCGCUUUCAUUCUUUCUUUUUUUUCUUUCUGUAUCGCUUUCAUUCUUUCUUUCUUUCUGUAUCGCUUUCAUUCUUUCUUUCUUUCUUUUCUUUCUUUCUUUCUUUCUUUCUUUCUUUCUACAGAAUCAACGAGAGUAGUUAUAAUCUAUCUAUCUAUCUAUCUAUCUAUCUAUCUAUCUAUCUACUUUUUUAUUCUAAGUGA